AUGCAAAUUGCAUCGGUCACAGCCAAGCACAAAUGCGCGAGAAACAUGGUGUUGGCGUGCACGGGUGUUUGUUUCAGCGGCGGAAACAAGCGCAAGCUCUGCAUGGCCUUGGCGUACAUCGGCCUGCCCAGGGUGGUUUUCCUGGACGAGCCUACGGCAGGAGUUGACGUGGUAGCCCGCAGCAAGAUCUUCUCAGCUCUGAAGGCGAUUCGAAGCGCGUCCGGCAAUUCCCUCGUCCUGACCUCUCACAGCAUGGACGAGUGCGAGCUGGCCUGCGACCGCAUCGGCAUCAUGGUGGCCGGCCAGUUCAAGUGCCUGGGCACGCUGCAGCACCUCAAGGGCAAGUUCGGCAAGGGCUACACCCUCAAUGUCCACCUCGAGGACGUGUCCACCACGAACGUGGCCGACUUCAGGGCGAAAGUGGAGAAAGCUUUUCCCGGUAUCGAGCUAAAGGAGCAUCGUGAGAAUGUCUUCGACUUUCACAUGGAGAAGAAACUGCCGUGGAGCGUCCUGUUCGCUAAAGUUGAAGAGCUGGAGCUGAUGUUCUCGUUCGAUCACGUCUUGGUUUCCGAAAGCACACUGGAACAGAUCUUCAUCGGCUUUGCGCGACAGCAAGAUGAAAAGAAAGUAGAACGCGACAAUGUCCUCAGCACCGUGGCCCUCAGUCCACAGCCAACGAGGUUGGAGGCCAAUAAAAAUUAG